AUAUUCGCUUUUCAAAAUGGCGGCUGAACCAGCGCAAGAAUGGAGCGAUGAGCAGCUCAAAAGUGAUGAUUUGCCCAAAAAAGACAUUAUAAAGUUUCUCCAGGAUAAUGCUGCUCAAUCGUUUCUUAAUGAACACAAGUUGCUGGGAAAUAUCAAGAACGUUGCUAAAACUGCCAAGAAAGAACAUCUGAUUGAUGCCUACAACCAGCUGUUUCAGAGCAAAAAAUUUAAAGGCACAGAUCCAGUCGAGGAGGCCACGGAACAAGUCAAAGCCGUAAAACUUGAGGAAAAGCCGAAAGAAAUCAAAACAGAAGUGGUGGACGAGGGCCCUCCGAAGUUCACCAAGUCCACUUUAAAGAAAGGAGACAAGACCAACUUUCCAAAGAAGGGUGACACAGUGAGCUGCUGGUACACGGGGACUCUGGAGGACGGGACUGUGUUUGACACCAAUGUUCCUGCAGGAGCUAAAAAGAAAAAACAGGCGAAACCCCUGAGCUUCAAAGUUGGAAUGGGCAAAGUCAUCAGAGGAUGGGAUGAGGCUCUCUUAACCAUGAGCAAAGGUGAACAGGCUCGAGUGGAGAUCGAACCGGAGUGGGCCUACGGGAAAAAGGGAGUGCCUGAUUCCAAAAUUCCGCCAAACGCCAAGCUCAUUUUUGAGAUCGAGCUCGUGGCUGUGGACUGAUCUGCCUCGUUUGCCUUUUGUCGAUCAAAUGCACAGAACGACCUUUACUUUCAGUUCGCAAGGUCCCAUUUGUUUUGUCAAACGUUACGGCAAAACAAGAAUGUCUGUACACAUUUUUUGCAUGUGAGAAAAUAAACCUGUAUAAA